AUGCCUAUUGGAAUACUAUCAUCGCUUCGUCUACCUACGACGAAGCGUGAGUACGGUGACCCAGAGAUUCAAUGUGAUAAUUUGGGAUCGAUCGACACGAUUACACGCGCAACCAACGAAAUGAGAUCGCUGUCCAUAGCAUUGCUGGCCAUCAUUGGUACGUGCUAUGCCGCAAGAUUAGACACCAAUUAUCUUCCGCCUGGUAGUGCCGGAAGUGCAGGUGGAGCAGGAUUGAUUCAUCCUCCAUCAGGACACGGUGGAGGUGGACCAAUUAAACUUAGUGGCCCAGGUGGUUCAGGUGGUCCAAGUAGUUUCGGUGGCCCGAGUGGUUUCGGUGGCCCGAGUGGUUUCGGUGGCUCAAGUGGUCCUAGCAGUCAUGGUGGGUCAGGCGGAUUUGGUCCUGGCAGUGGUGGCGGCGCUUACGCAGGUAGUGGAUUGGGUGGCGGUGGCCAUGGUGGUCAACAGAUACCCAUUAUCUCUUAUACUAAUGAGAACGCCGGUGACGGAAACUAUCAAUACAGUUAUGAAACUGGAAAUGGUAUUACCGUGCAAGAAACAGGCCAUCGGCAAGGAGAAUCCGAAUCGGUGAGCGGAUCCUUUUCUUAUACUGGUUCCGAUGGUGUGCAAUAUUCGAUCACGUAUACGGCGGACGAAUAUGGUUUUCACCCUCAAGGCGCUCACUUGCCGACACCACCUCCGAUUCCACCGGAAAUUCAACGAGGUGUUGAAUUAGCGCUCGCCGCCGAAGCCAGGGGAGAGAAUCAGGAUGGUGGUGGUGGUCGAGGAUACUCGCAUGGAGGCAGUGGAUAUCCCAGCGGAGGAGGUGGUCAUAGCGGCCAUGGAAGUAGUGCCUAUCAGGGACCAAGCUCGUAUCAAACAAGUUCAAGCAGUGGCUACCAAUAUUAG